AUGGCUUCACGUCUUAGCACAGCCUGGCUUAUCGCCCAGGUCGCCGCUGUUUCAGGCUUAUCUUUCAACGUCCCAUCUUCGCCGCCGGUCAACUCGAGCGCCCAGCUUUCCGAUGCCCCAGUCGGCGUUUCCUUUGAGUUUUUCGCUUUCCCGGGCUACUGGAACAAUGUUCCUAGCACCUCCACCUGUCUGCAGAACCUGAAGGAUCUUUCGGGAACUUGGCCGCCCAUCAGAAUCGGAGGAACUACGCAGGAUCGAGCUACCUACAAUGCAUCCUCUAGCCAGCAGGUCACUUAUACAGUGGCCAACGCGGGAGAUGCGCCAAGCACGCUUGCCUUCGGGCCGUCAUUCAUGUCCUUGGCGGGCACAUACAAUGGAAAAGUAACCAUAGGCUUCAACCGUCGCCUCAAUAACCUUGCAAAUACCGUCGCUGCUGCAGCCAAGGCGGUCGAUCAAAUUGGCAGCCUCCAUGCCAUCGAACUUGGUAACGAACCUAACUUCUUCAGCAGCAGUGAUCCGAUCGCUCAAGGCUCCUCCUGGACAGCUCCGGCGGACUACAACAGCGAAGUAUCCUGGCAAGACGCUGUGUGCGGCAAUAUCUCCGCUUCUAACCUCAUCUCGGCCGGUGUGUACUUCGGAACCAGCCCGAUGAGUAUCACUGGUCUGACUGCAGCCGAGGGCCAGGCCAACAGCUAUGUUAGACAGUACUGCUCGCACAACUACCCGCAGUCCAAGAGCACUGCCAAUCUAGCCAACUUGAUGAGCCACAGCGCUAUUGCAUCCCAGAUCAAGCCUUUUGCUAAGGAAGUCGCGGCUGCGGUGGCCAAGGGCAAGCCUCAUGUCUUUGGAGAGAUCAACUCUGCUACUCAGGGUGGUGGCGGCAUUAGCCCAACUUACGGUGCUGGACUCUGGCUCCUCGAUUAUGUGAUGCAAUCCUUGAUCAUGGGGACAGAGACUCUGUACUUCCACCACGGCACCAUCGGAAAUUGCCAGUACUGCUGGUGGGGACGAUACUCUAUGGGCUCUCCCUAUUUCGGAGCCUACUUUGCCACGAUGGCUCUCGCCGGCGCCGACAAGAUCGCUCCCUUGGAUGAUCAGACGACCGGAUACGCAGCAUAUGCCAUCUACAAAGACAACAAGCCAAUCCGAGUUCUUCUUUACAACUCUGAUUACUACACCACUGGCUCUCGUCCUUCUCAGACCUUUACCCUGACUGGGCUUUCUGGUUCCACUGUCUCGGCCAAGAGGCUCACUGCCGCUGCUUCAACAUCCAGAGUCGACGCCGGUCAAAGCCCAACUGUUGCUGGGCAGACGUUUGAGAAUGGAUCGUGCAAGAUUCAGGGCCAGAGUACGGUUGAGUCGGCGACUGUCUCGGGAGGAAAGGCGACUUUAACUCUCCAGGCUUCCGAGGCUCUCCUGAUCAUUAACAAGCUCCAAUCCAAUUGGAUCUGGAUUCCUGACUGGGUCGACUCCUCCAAACAAAACACUGCCGCACGUACCGUCACAUUCAGCCGCAAGUUCACCCUCUCAUCGCAACCGACCCAAGCGCUCCUCCAUUUCUCGGCCGACACGCGAUACAAGCUCGUCAUCAAUGGCACUCGGGUAGCUGUAGGCCCAGCGCGAGGGAGUCAUCUGAUAUGGUAUUACGACUCGCUCGACAUUGCUCCGCACCUCAAACAAGGCGACAAUGAGAUCUCCUUCGUGGUGAUUCGUUACUUUGCGCCUUCUAGGGGUGGUAUGCCUUUUGAGAGAACCUCAUUCCCUGGCUUGACUGUUAUUGGAGAUGCUGAAGCGGACGGGGAGUCUGUUAGUCUUGACUCUCGGGAUGGCUGGUUGGCUGAAGAGGAUAACUCGAUCCUGUUCCCAAUGGGUAGACCAGACGAUGUGUUCCUUCACAUUAACGAACACAUCGUCCCCAGCCCUGCCAGAGAGAAAGUCACACCAGCACCAUACAACAUCAAGACACUCAACGGAGAGCUUCCGCCUUGGCGCCUUCGAUCGCGCGUGAUCCCCACUCCGGAGCAAACCUCUGUUUGUGUCAACACCGUCAGAAAGAACGUCGGAAGCUUGAAUUCGGAUGACUGGGUUGCAUAUCUCUCAGGACAACGCCCUCUUACCCUAGCAGCCGGGUCUUCACACACGCUCGAGGUCCAAGCGGAUGUGCACUCAACGGCAUUUCUACGCUGGACGUUCAAAGCGGAUCAAAAGAGCCAGAUCCGGAUGAAGAUCACUUACAGUGAGGGUUACGAAAAUGAACCGCGCGCUUAUCCGUUCUUCAGGUCAAAGUCUGACAGGCUAGAUGCGACCAAUGGCCAUAUUAUAGGUCCUUAUGAUGACAUAACGCUUGAUCUACCAGCUUCGCAGACCGUUGUGUAUGAACCAUUCUGGUUUAGGACGUUUCGCGUUAUGCGAUGGGAGAUCACAGCUGGGGCCGAGUCUGUCGAGCUGUGCUCUUUUGAUGCCACGCAGGUCAAUUAUCCUCUUGCAGUCAAAGCAAGCUGGGAUGAGCCAGGAGACAAGGACGCUAAACAGAUAUGGGAUGUCUCUAUCAGAACUAUGAGAAAUUGCAUGUUUGACGGAUACUCAGACUGCCCUUUCUAUGAACAACUUCAGUACUCCGGCGAUUCUCGCUCCGUCGGUCUAUUUCACUAUCUUCUUUCAGGUGACGACAGAUUGAUGAGGCAGACAAUCACCAACUUCGCCGCAUCCGUGACGCCCGAGGGCUUAACUCAGUCUCGCUUCCCCUCCCACGUACCGCAGAUCAUCGCUGGUUUCUCCCUAUACUGGGUCCUUCAGAUCUGUGACCACCACCUCUACUUCGGCGACACAGCAUACACACGGUCAUUCCUUCCUCGAAUCGACGGUGUCUUUGAGUUUUUCGAGUCUCACGUUGAUGAAUUGGGCCUCGUUAGUGGAUUUCCAGAGGAUGUCUGGCAGUAUGUCGACUGGGUGACUUCUUGGGGUGCAACCGAUACGCACCCGGACAAGGGAGUCCCAACCUCUGGGCGGGAAUCGAAUCGGCAUACGUACUUUAGUAUGCUCUAUGCGUAUGUCCUGAAGCAGGCUGCUCGUCUGGUUCGAGAUGUCGGUCGACCUGGAUACGCGGACGAGUACGAAUCCCGCGCGGCUUCUGUAGUCGGUGCGAUUCGCACCCACUGCUUCGACGGAAAGUUCUUCACAGAUUCUACGGCUAAUACUGCGGGUGAGGGGGCUUACUCCCAGCAUUGCCAAGUGUUCGCUGUCCUCAGUGGCGCUGCAACUCCCGAGGACCGAUCGCGUCUCCUUAAUGAAUCAUUUUCUAAUCCAGACUUUUCCAAAUGCUCCUAUGUCAUGAUGUUCUAUGCUCUACGGGCGUUCGCUCUCGCUGGAGACGAAGUCUACGAGUCAGCAUGGGGAAGUGUUUGGGAUCCUUGGCGAAAAAUGUUAGCUAAUAACCUCACAACCUGGGAAGAGGACGACGUUCGGCAGCGCUCGGAUUGCCAUGCUUGGGGCAGUGUUCCCAUCUACGAGUACUGUACCGAACUAGCUGGUCUGCACAUCAUAGCUCCGGGGUCAAGUAAGAUGCUAUUUUCGCCGAGACUGAACUUGACCCGAGAAUUGAAGGCCAAGGUAGCGCUUGGUUCGAGCAACACUGCUACAGUGUCUUGGAGUGUUCAGGGUGAUGGAAAGAAGAAGGUUGAAUUACGACUUGAGUCACCAGUUUGGGUUGUAAGCAAGUUGCCUGGUGGAGAGGAAAAGGACUGUGGUGUGAUUAACCACCUUGCAUUGAGUUUCUAG